AGCUGCAAUGCCCCAGUCACUGUGUAACCCUUCUGCACAUUGUCACAGUGCACAUUAGGCAUAAAAUGGCGGAGAGAGGAGUAGCCCCGACAGCAGGAGGAGAGUGAUACAUUGCUGUGUGUAAUCCGCAGGAGGAAACAGCACCGAAGCAAAUCGUGUGAGAAGUUCCGAUUUCCAGUUCACUUUUUUUUGAGGAUCAUAAGAACACUACAUCAUCUGGCCUGAACAUGAGAAUAGCAGGUGCUAUAAAAUUUAUUGUAGCGGUGGCAGCAUUUUUACUGACCUUUUACGUGAUAUCUCAAGUGUUGGACAUAAAAAUGGUUUCUAAUUUAGGGACAAUUUUGGCUAGAUCAUCACUGGACAGUGUGGCACAUCCUACUACUAAGGCACCAAGAUACCGAUGUGGAAUUUCCAAGAGUUGUCCAGAGAAGCACUUUGCCUUUAAGAUUGCAAGUGGCGCAGCUAAUGUGGUUGGGCCCAAGAUCUGUGUGGAUGAUAAUGUUUUAAUGAGUGGUGUGAAGAACAAUGUUGGCCGUGGCAUAAACACUGCCUUGGUGAAUGGCAAAACUGGAGAACUUAUAGAAACAAAGUAUUAUGAUCUGUGGGGAGGAGAUGUAGCCCCUUUUAUAGAAUUUCUUCAGAAAAUUCAAGAUGGUACAAUAGUUUUAAUGGCAACUUAUGAUGAUGGAGCAACAAAGCUCAAUGAUGAAGCACGAAAACUUAUUUCUGAACUUGGAAGCACAGUCAUCAAUUCUUUGAGCUUUAGAGACAACUGGGUUUUUUGCGGUGGAAAAGGCAUAAAGACGAAAAGUCCAUUUGAGCAGCACAUAAAGAACAAUAAAGACACAAACAAAUAUGAGGGUUGGCCAGAGGUGGUGGAAAUGGAAGGCUGCAUUCCCCAGAAACAGACUGACUGAACAGCUCAUACAACAUCUCCAAAAUAAACUUGAAAACCAAGCAUCUUGGAAAAGCCAACAAAUGAAUAUACUGAAAGCUUCCAUCCAUCGUUGUUGAUGUGAGCAUGAGUCUACGUGAGAUUUAUUUAUUGCUAACACAAAGAGGUAUUUUUGUAAAGAUUUCAAAUGAAAACAAAAAGAAAAUCUUCUGGGAUGUGCUUCAUAUCUGGGCUUUGGUGCAUCUCUGGUAACAGCUGCUGGAAUGAGAAGCCAAUAACUGCACUCUUGUGAUGGCAUUAAUGUUCAUUUUCCUUCAAGAAAAUAAGCUUUUUCCAUUUAGACUUUAUUCCACCAAAGAUUUUUCAAAAAAGGAAUUAUUUCUGGCUUUACAUGGAUGAAGAAAGAAACUCUGAAUUGUAGGCUAGAAAUACAUGUUGCACCAUUCUGUUUUUGUUUUAUUUUCCCCCUUUUUUUGUAACAGAAUUUUAACAAACCUUUUGUAUGUGUAUUUGUUUUAUUAUUAUAAUUAUUGUUGUCCAAUUUACUAAUGGAAUUUCUAAUGAACAGUGCUUCAGGACUCUACCAGUUUUUCAGUGGACUACAAUGAGUGUAUGCAGUGCAAUGUCACAGCACUGACAUUGAAGCUUUGCUUUUGGUCUAAUGCAAGAAGCACAACUAAGAAUAAGUGUGUACUGUAUAUCCAGUGUUUGGUGGCUAGUUAAUGUCUACACACCAUAGCAUCACCAAAUAGUAAUACAGAAAUAGAGCUUUAGUAAAUGUAUACAAUGUUUGUUACUGAAAACCAUUUUCAAGCCUAAAAUGAGUUUAAUACUCUGUUUUACAAUUAAAAAUGUACAUUCCAUACUGGGCCCCUUUAUAUUGUUUUCCACCAAUUUUCACUACAGCUGGAAUUAUUUUGUACUGUUAAGACCUAGAACUUACCAUUACCAUGAAGGUCAUUGCCACAUAACUUUAAACUUACACCACAUCCUUCUGUUUCCAAUGUCAUGUUAAUAUACAAUGUCUUUAUCUUGAAGUGCGAUAUGCGAUGAACUGAUAAGAUGUGUUGUUAAAUAGCAAUGUAUAUAUAAGAAAAUAAAACCUUUGCCCUAAAAGUAUUUUUGGGGUAAGCAUACUGCUUGCUGACUCAAGCUUUACUUACAUGUAGCAUGAUGCUGUUAUAUUGAAAGGGAAAUCUAGAAAAAGCAAUAUUUUUCCUGUCAUAUCCUCCAUAAUAGACUCCUUUUUACCAGCUGCUUCGGAUUACAAAGAUUUAAAAAUAUCUGCACUAUGUUAGAAGCCAUUUUAACUCAAAUAAACCUAUAGUAUAUUUA